AUGGCGCCCCCUCAAUUGACGAUUAACCCGCCUUUACUGAACUCGGCAACCCCAUGGGCCACCGACAUCAACGAUCUUCUGGCAAUCGCUUCAUCCCCUUCGACAGGCGCUAUCACGACCCGCACGUCGCUUAUCAAUGGCUUCAAUCAUCAACAUGAGCGGCACCAAUACCUCUUCUUCAAUCCCGGGACUGUGACCCCCAAUCAGGGCACUUCUUCCAGCCAGAUUCCACCCAAGGGCCACUCAGAAGAUGCAAUGGCGAGCUUGAAUAACCUGGGCUACAGUCCCAUCACGCUCGAUGGGUAUCUCGGCUUCUUAGCAGAGAUCGCUCGUCGCCUUCCCGAAAUGAGAAAGACUUUCAUCGUCAGUGUCACGGGCUCGCCUGAAGACAUCCAACAAAGCUAUACUCGUAUCGAGGCUGCUUCGAAGACCCUUCCCUUCCCUCUGGCCAUCGAGGUCAACUUAAGCUGUCCAAACAUUCCAGGCGCGCCACCGCCUGCGUAUGGUGGCGCUGCUCUCGAGAAAUAUCUCGAUCUGCUCCCCAGUAAUCCCACUUUGCCCGUCGGAAUCAAGACGCCGCCUUAUACCCACCACGGACAGUUCGCAACCUUGAUUGAGACCUUGCUUCCAACUGCAUCGUCCCUCAGCUUCAUCACCGCUACCAACACUCUCGGGUCGUGCCUUAUUCUAGAGAACGACAAGCUAGACCCCCAAUUACCUGGCACUGGUGUUGGCGGCAUGGCCGGUCCGCCACUUCACCCACUUGCACUCGGCAACGUUUCAACCUUGAGAAAGAUGCUCGACCAAGUCCCGGAACUGAGUCAUAUAAAGAUCAUCGGGGUCGGUGGAGUCCGUGACGGGGACGGUUAUCGAAGGAUGAGGAGCGUUGGAGCUUAUGCUGUGGCGGUGGGGACAGGUUUGGGGAAGCAAGGACCAGGGGUGUUUGAGAGGAUUGAGAGAGAUUUGAAGGGGGAGUGGAGAGUGAGUUUAUUGAAGGAGAAGCUGUGA